AUGGAUCUCACGUCACUGUUGAAUGCGAAUUCUUCUGCUGCCGGGCAGCAGAGGAAGGAGGUCUCGAGGACGCCGCCACGGAAUAGGACUCCAUGGGACGCUGGAGGUUAUUCACUACCAAUCAACACUGUCUCGAGUAUGAAUACUACUACGCCAACGACACCACCUUAUAACAUUCAUUACGAUGAUUCACAUGUCGAAACUCCAAGAUCACCACAUCAUAAAUUCUCGGACAGCAGGAGCAGUCUCUCUUCCUUCGCAUCAUCUUUACAAUCCGCAUCGCACUCGAGAUUCUCGUCUAUGUCCACGGUCUCAAGUGUAAUUCAACCCAUGAACACCAUCCUCGCUGAAAGCAUAGCUCUCGAUUCUGCAACAAAACUACAGCCUCUAAACUUGGAAAGUGCGCCAGUACCCAUAAACCACUCUCGAUCACCAAGUAGCGCCACACAACCCCGAGGCAGCAUAUCACCAACAGGUUCCCUCGACGCACUUGCGCUCGUCGCGGAAGGUCAACAGGCGAGGCAGCAACCGGAACCAUCGGCAUCGAAGGGCGGAGAGGACAAUAUGUCGGCCAGCAAGGAAGGGAAUAGCAAGGUUGCAAUAGACAAAUCGAUGUCUUCAGAAAGACCGAGCUCACCAAGCGAUGCGAUCCUCAUCAAGCGCACCACAGUUCCGAGUCUAAGACUCAAUACGCGAGAGCAGGAUUUGGCGGAACCGAGUCCGGCACAAUUUGCUCCUUUAGAAAACCACCACCAAUCCCUUAUCCAAGGCCGAACACACAAGCGAGCCCUCUCCGCACCUGACUUUACCUCUUCUAUUCACAGAUUUCCUAUCUUGGCCGACUCAUCUUCCUCUGUGGGGCCCCGCGCCGAGCCAACCCCGCCGUCAUCGCAUCACCCUGACAGCUCCUCUCCGACCAGCCCUCCUGGCUAUACUGCUCCGGACACCCCACCCAACAUGGAUGCCGGCAAUCAAGCUCAAGCUAUUGCCUGCAUGUACAUUCCCAAUUGUGACACCGGCUCGCAGUUGAGAAAGGCCAUCUCGCACAUCUUCGGUCGAAACAAGAUGUGCACUCGCCUCAUUCCGCAACACAUCUGGGUCCAUUACUGCCGCAAGCACUACCAGCGUAGCCGAUACCGUAAUCCGAAGGAGUAUGCCAAGCUGCAAUGCGACUUGGUCCAAAAGCAAAUCCGUGCUAUUCGCGAAUGGUCAGAGUCUAAUAAAAAAAAGGGUGAUGCCGGCACUGUUGUAGACUGGGGUCUGGCUGUUCGCAAGAGAGAACAGAAGCGCCUGGAUGAGAUUAAUGCUGGAGGCCGCAAGAGAACCGCAUCUGCUGCUUUUGAACUAGGUAGUGAUGAGGAGGGCGGAAGCCGAGGAAAUUCUGUUCCGGCAACUGCUGUUCCUUCUUGGCUCUUGGAUCAUUGUGGAAAGGGUUACUCGACUGACGAGAUUCUUGGCAUCUUCAGCCGCCUCCACACCGAGAUUCUCAAUGAUGAGAUGCCCUGCUUCCCUGACAUCGAGAUUCUUCCCAACAUUGUUGUUGAUCAGGACGAGGCCAAGUCGCCAAAGGGAUAUACGAAGAGAACUCCGGCUACCGGCCACAAGAGAUCUCAAUCCUUAGGUGUCAGCAGCAUGGCAUCAAGCUACUAUCCUGCUGAGUCCCGUCGCAUGAGCCAACCCGGAGUUUGGGGUCAGGAUGCCAGUCCAUAUGGCGGAUCCUCGCAGAAGAGACAACGCCCCAACGAGAUAGGUAUGGAGUCCCAAGAGCGUCUUAUCCCAUCAUUCCAGAGACCUCGCAUGUCCGAGAGACCCGUUGAGACCGGUCGACGUACCCAACAUCUUGCCCACCGCCCUGUCCAUCCGAGCAUCCAGGAGCAUGAUGAUGUCUAUGGUCCACAAAACGCCUACCAACAUCAACUGCCGGCACCCGUUGCACAACGCCACGGUAGUCAGUCAAUGGCUGCACAGCUUGAGACUAACAAUGACCACGCUUACGCUUCACGACGUGGUAUGCAUCAACGAUCGCAAUCCGACAUGAGCUUUGCUCGCCAUGAAACAUAUUCUCCAACUCCAUCUCUGGAUCCAGCAGUCCAAGACCGUAACGGACGUGUUAGCCGCAACUUCUCCCCGGCCUACCACCCCGAACAAAGCUAUCCGUCUAUGCAAUAUGCCGAUCACCAUCCGAGCCAUGUCGCUCGCCCUGCCUAUGGCCACUCUCGCCACCAAUCUACCCCUAUGGCGCAGCAAUUAUACCACGGGCAGCACUCCCAGCAUUCCCCCUCUGGCUUCGGCUACGUUCAAGGUGGCAACCCCCUCCCACCACCUGUUCCGCAAAUCACCGAGUCACCGCAGGUACAAGCCCUUUACCGCUCACGCCGUUAA